ACGAAGGAGCCUUCUGAAGGAGGAAAAGCUAACCCCUACCAACCUACAAAGUGCGCGUUGUCGAUUAAGGCUUAUAAAAAGCAGAAUGGAAACCACUAUACAGCCGGAUCACGAAUACACCAAUAACACGUUUGAUCAAAUUACCCCCAAAGAAUUCACAUAUAAGAUGAGCAAAACUGAAGUCGAAAACUUUGUGAAGUUGCGGGCUUCCAAUGGUUGCCUCUUCUCCCGACAGAGAAAUAGCUCCAAGUGGGCAUGGAGGACCAUCCUAAAACAUAUGGGCUUGCAUCAUAAGAUGACUCAUCGUCAAGCUUCUAAAAAAUGGGAAAACCUGAAGAAGAGAUAUAAGGACUUAAAGAAUCCUCCACCAGGAGUCAGAACAGUACCUGAAACCUGGCAUCUAUUCUCCUUGAUGGAUGAUGCCUUAAAAGGUCGGCUACAGGGGUCAGCUCCUGUCCUUAAGAGUCUUCCUAGAAAUAACAACAACAAUGAUUUCUUACUAGCACCCUCCCCCAAAAGGACAAGGCUUUCAAUGUCGGAAGUAUCCUCUGCUGUAGAAUUUGAAGAAGGAGGGGCAGAGAUUGAGGUUCUGCUGAAUGGAGACGAAGAUGAAUCUGCUGUAGCAGCAAUGGAAGAAAGUGAGGAGAUGAACGGCCUCGUUCAAGAGGUGGAUAUUUACACAAACAGCGAGCCAGAAGAGAUUAAAAGUGAGCAGCAGCUAUUAGCAUGUGAUAGAGUAGCACAAAAACAGAAAACAGAGCAAAAAGUGAGAACAGAUUGGGAUGCAGCCAUUCGACAGCAGGAUAGGAUGCUGCUGGAGAGGGAGAGAGCAGCAAUGGAGAGGGAAAGGGGGGUGAUGGAGAGGGAGAGAGCUGUUUUGGAGAGGGAACGGGCUUUGAUUGACAGGGAGAAGUUGAUGCUGGAGAGGGAAAGAGAUGCCCUGCGCAGCGAGAGGCUGGUUCUGGAAAAACAAAAAGCAAGGUGGGAGAGACUUUUUGCACAAAAAGAAAGAACUGAGGGGGGCGCAGAAGAUGGCUGCAAGGAAAAAAACUCAGAAGCAGCGGAGAGAAAAGAACGACUUCUUUGUUUGUUGGAAAAACUUGUAGAAGAUAUUUAAGAAAAUUACUGCAAAUGCCCUUGUGAAAAAUAAAUCACAGUUCCUUGCAAAAAUGUUCAAUUUCAUGGUUUGUCAAAUAAAACUACAAACUUCAGAACCCUGUUUAGUAAUUUGAUAUCAUACACAAACAGAAAAUAGUGAAUAAUUGUGAUUUGUAACAACUGAAAGCAGUUCUGGUUCAGACAUUAUUCUGUCUCACUGCCCUACAGUAGCAGAAGAAAAUAACUUAUCCCCACAGCAUGAUGCUGCAACUAUCAUGCUUAACCAUGGGGAUGCUCUGUUAAAGUUGUGAGAUUUAAUUUAAAUGCUAACCACACUUUUAAGAUCUUUAUCUGUUGAACCCUUUGUAUCAUUUUCUUUCGGUUUCAUAUCAAUCCUUUGAUUUGUUUUGGUCUGCCACUUUAAAUUAAGCUUUGAUUGCGACUUGUAAACUUCAUCUGCAAAGUAUACGUGAAAUCCCACACUACACUUUUGGAAUCCAAAAAUCCAGCCUACUGUUUUGAAUGUAUAGUGCAGAUGCAUAUAUGGUUAUGUGUCAUGUGUUUACUUCAUAUAUUUUUGUCUUGAAAACAAACAAAAUAAAAUGUGUAAUUUAAUAACAAAACAUUGAGACACCUCUUGAAUGGAGAGGUCUUUAAAUCGACUUUAUUCUCUUGUGGUUAUUCCAUACAAGGCACACAAUGAAGCACUUUUGGUAUUAUUCUAAAACCAAACCCUUCCACAACAAAAAAUGAAAAACACAUAAAAAAUAAAAUAAAAAAA